AUGCUACUUCUCAAACUCCUUCUCCUUGGAAUAUGGUUAGUAUCAGUAUCUGCUUUCGGAUGGAAGUCCAAAGUGAUCGACGAUUCCACUCCUGGCCAACGACAAAUUGGAAGAAAUCAACACCAGAACACUAAGUCGGAGUUGAUAAAUACUCGAUCUCGCAACAAUGAAUUGUACUCCAGUGCGAUGCUUGAGUUGAAGAGAUUAGAGGAAGAACCGAUUUGCCAUCGAGUAGCUGCACAGCUUUUAAUGAGCAAUUGUGAAGGUUUGGAAGACAUUACUCAAAAAGAAUACGAUUUAUACAGUGGACGUGUUCAAAGGCACUAUGUGGAGAGCCUUGCUGCAAGCCUCGCUAUCUGUGAUAUGGAACGUAGUAGUAUGGUCGUUCCCGAUGCUUGCGAGCCUUUCCGACUUCCAUCUUUAUUACGCGCUUCGCAAGAAGCAGAAGGAAAAUUACAAGUAUCACAGAAUGAGGUUGGAGCCUGCUUGAAGGGACUUGGUAAAGAUCCUUCUCACUGGUUGAGUUGGACUAGUUAUCGGGACAAUUGCCUUUUGAUCUGUCAAGCUGCUCGAUCUGAUAUUGACAAAGAUCAAUCCAUUCUUUUACAAAAAAAGCUUGUGGAGAUCAUGAGUCAAUUUACGGCAGACCUCGAGAACGACCUUCAUGAUCUCAAGCAAAACAUGGCAGAUCAUGCCAGAACAGCAGAUUCUUACUUUGAAGGAGUCAUGACGCAGGCUGAGGCACUCAAGACUAAGGUUGAAGGAGCAUUCGGGAUCAUUUCAUCAGAAGCAUUGGAUGUUGCUAGUGCGCUUCGAUCAAUACUUGGCAGUACUGACGAUAUUCAACGAGUGAUGAAGAAUGUCGUCGAUACUGUUCUUCAAAGCAAUGCCGAGAUGGCCGCUGCACAAGAACAGGCUCUUGUGGCAACAUCUGGCACUGCAAAAUCAAAAUUGGAAAACAUCAACGCAUUGGCAGAAAAUGCCGAAUCAUCCUUCGAGAGACUGACUUACGCGAUUGAUCUCUUGAUCCCGGUGAUCACAUCCAUGAGUGAAAGACAAGACACUUUGGACCAGAGGUUCGAUACACUGAGUAAUGUCGUCGUUAAUAUGACCACUUUGAUCCAGGAUCACUCGGACAGUCUUGAACAAGCCAGCUUUACAGCAACUGGUAUUCGAGAAAGUCUUGGGAAAGCGGCUGAGGCCGCGAAUUCAUGGAACGGUAUCAUGAGUAUGGGUGAACCAUUUGUUAAUAAUGCUCUUCGAAUACUCUUACCCCCGGUCACUCUCUUCUUUGGUAGUCAUGGUCUUCCGCCAUCUUUGUUACGCAAUCUGGGUCUUUUUGUUGGAGGUUGGGCAAUAGCAGAAACCACAAUACAAUUGCGCCAAAUCGAACACUGGAUUCCACGAAUUCAAAGGCCAAGAGCGUUAACACAACUGGCACGAGACAAAGUACUACAAGAGGACACACAAAUCAUCUUCAAGACUUCUGGUACAUUGCACAAUGAUAUUAAUUCAAGCAAUGGAAUCCUAUCAAGCGAGAUAAAAUAG